AUGGACGAUGAAGCGACUGUCACAAAAGAAGAUGAAUUAAAGGAAUGUCUAGAAUUGUGUCAGAUGGGUGUAAAGAUGUGUCGGAUCAAAUCGGGCUGCUUGAUAACGUCUGGAAAUGUUUAUGUGGAAGAUCAGAAGUGGCUGUGUUAUCAUUCGGAUGUUUGUAGGAAGUUUGUGUCGUUAAAACUCAAAUCUGUAAAUAUUGAUGAUAUCUUGGAGGUGCGAAAGGGAUUCAGUUCUGAUAAUCUUCACAAAGCUUCCAAGAAAUAUUCUUUUCGCGAAAAAGUUACGGCAGAAAUGUGUAUGUCUGUAAUUUUCACUCAUCGACGUAUGCUCCACAAAUCAGUUGAUUUUGCUGCUGAAAAUCCAUCCGUGAGAGAUAAAUUUGUGAAGGGUUUGCAAUAUCUUGUUGAUAAGAAAAAUCGAAAACGUGUGCACUUUGACGAAGAGCGCUGGAUUUUGGACAAUUUCCGGAAAGCUGAUAUAAACAAAAAUGGCAGACUAAGUUUUGAUGAAAUAUUGAAGCUGCUGCAAACGCUGAAUCUGCAAAUCAGUAACAAAUAUGCACUUGCUCUGUACACGCAAUCAGAUUCUUUUGGUAAUAAUGAUGGGCAGUUAGAUGAAAAUGAAUUCCUUAAAUUCUUCUCCCAACUAACAGAGCGUCCGGAUCUGAUACAUGUAAUGAGGAUGUUUAGUACAACCAACGAUCCAGCUUUGUCUGCUGUCGAUCUGAAAACAUUUUUAACCACCGAACAACAGUUUGAUGAUGUUGAUGAAAAGAAGGCUGCAUCAAUUAUCGACAAUUUCGAGACAGCAAAACAAGGCGUAAAAAUACUUGGACCCGUAGGUUUCCGUUGGUUGCUGCUUGAUAAAUGGGGUCACAUCAUGAAGCCUGGAUAUGAAGAAGUUUUCCAGGACAUGGAUCAUACAUUAAGUCAUUAUUAUGUCAACUCAAGUCAUAAUACCUAUCUUACUGGAUUGCAAAUGAAGGGUGAAGCAACUGUUGAAGGUUAUAUCAACGCACUGAAAAAGGGUGCACGGCUUUUAGAACUAGACGUUUUUGAUGGCGAAGAAGGAGAACCGUGUAUUACUCACAAGCGUACGUUAAUUGGAACGAUCACUUUGAAAGAUGCAUUGAAAGAAAUUAAUGUGUACGCUUUCAAAACAAAUCCUUAUCCGGUGAUACUGACUAUUGAGAAUCAUGUUGGCUUACCUCAACAGAAGGCAAUGGCACGCAUUUUUAAGGAGGUGUUAGGCGACAAAAUAUACAUGCGUCCCAAAAAUGGAGCUUCUCAACCCUUACCUUCCCCAAAUGCUUUGAAGAACAAGUAUCUGUUACGCGGCAAAAAAUUGAGAUCAGAACAAGGUCCUGAUCAGAAAUUUGAUCAGGAUAAUGACGAAGUAAUCCAAAAUAAUAGUGGAAAUAAAGGCACCAUUAUACUUGACCCAGAAUUUUCUCUACUGAUAUCACUGCCAUCUGUUAAACUUUCUCACAAUGUCUUCAAAGAUAUCGAUGAACACCCUAUGGACGGUUCCUCUUCUUUAUCCGAAGGGAAAGUUGCAAACUAUAUGCAAAGCGGUUAUUCGCUUACUGCUUAUACAUCAAAAAGAUUUGUGAAGUCGUUCCCGAAAGGUCUACGGCAGGAUUCAAGCAAUAUGGAUCCCAUCCCUUCAUGGCUUUGCGGUAUACAGUCGGUCGCGAUGAAUAUGCAAACUUCAGGAGAAUACCUCGAUUUAGUUAAUGGUCUAUUUCGAACUAAUGGUAAUUGUGGUUACGUGCUCAAAUCAAAGACACUUAUUGAUGGACUUGAUCCACGUAUGCCCGAAGUAUCUGGUACAGUUAUAACAACGAUGCUAGUUGGGGUUAUAAGUGGACAAUAUUUACCGACAUCGCAAAAAAAUGAUGUUAUCGACCCGUAUGUGACUGUUGAGGUCUUUGGGAUUCCGGCUGAUUCCCGAAAAUUCCGGACAAAGACCAUUCGCAAUAACGGCUUUAAUCCACAGUUCAAUGAAACAUUUACAUUCCCGCUUCAUUUCCCUGAUUUCGCACUGCUUCGUUUCUGUGUGAAAGAUUUCGACUCAACUUCAGCAAAUGAUUUUGUCGGUGAAUAUACAAUUCCGAUAAAAAGCAUUCGUGCAGGCUAUUCACAUGUGCGUUUGAAUACGGGUCGUUUGCGUACAAUGGACGAAUGCGCCUCACUUCUGAUACGAAUCGCAUUUGAAUGA